CGUUGAGAUAAGCUGCUGGAAUACGGAAAGCUCGCGAGAUUAACAAUGAAGCGACGUCAACUUCCACCAUGUCGUCGGUGGUUCGUGUCUAGAGUCCAAGUUGAUCUGCCUGGCUCUGUCUGAGCCGUCAUGAGGAAGAGGAGGAAGAGGACCGCUGUCCUGUCCGUCCUGUGACCCGGUUCCUCUGGAUGGACCGUGUGGUUCUGCACUACCAGCCCGGCUCGGCGCUGCGCCUCUCCACCCUGCUGCAGCAGACCCAGAGGCUGCUGGAGCCGCUGGCCCUCCGGCCGCCGGCCGCCUUCAGGCCCUGGUUCCCCUGCGACUCAGCCCACCGCCGACCCAUCAGACCGGCCAAACCGCCUCCCCGCAUCGGCCCAGCAGGGGGCGUCCCCACAGAGAAUCAGCCUGGGACUACUGACAGGACGCAGGACGUUCCCGCUCGUGUCCAACUCCGGGCACCACUGACGGAAAGAGAGGUCCCGGCAGUCCGGAGGUCCUGGAGCGUCUCCCGCCAGAGCCGAGUCCAGCUGCAGAGCCGCAUGUCUCUGUCCUCACGUCUCCGUCGCCUGGUGUCCCUCCACCGGCUCCACCUGCGCCAGCGUGCCAAGUGGGUCAUCACCCAGCAGAACUGCAGCAACCUGGAGGAGGCGUGGCGCCGCCUGAGCCGCUGCGUCCGCCGCGCCGGGUUGCCGACCUGCAACGCCAACAUCCAGCGGGAGCGGGCGGAGAUCUGGGUGUUCUGUGACGUCCUGCACUGUGAGCAGGUGGGGCGCCACCUGAAGGACGAGCUGCGGCUGGCGGGUCGGAUCCACCUGGACGUCCACCGGCUGGGGAACAUCUUCAGCAUGUAGACCGGGUCCGGCUGGACAGAACCACCCAAACAGGAGACAACUAGCGGCGUUGUUUAGCCCGGCAUGCAAGGAAAAAUAGGGACUCGUUUUAAUAUAUAUUUAGCUUGCUAAAUGAAUAUUAGUUAGCAGGCUAAAUGUGCUACAUGUUUUGUUUCCAGGCUACAUAUUUAGAACAGGAAGUGACUCACUGUGACUUUUUUAGAUGAAUGAAUGAUGUGGUUAAAAUAAAGAAAGACCCGCUUUUUUCUCUCUCCAUGACCGGAUCAAUAACCCAGAUUACUGCUGUUGGCUAUUGACUGUUAUUGCCUUUACACGGUCGGGUUCAGUGAGUUGUGCUGGAGUUUGAAGCAGAACCAGAGAUGAAGGAGUGUGAACCGAACCGGCAGACGUCACUGACUGGGAGAUUUUUAUGGAUCCAUGAAUUUUACCUGGAUGAAUCGAUGUUUCUGCUGAAUAAAUCCCUGAAUUCUGA